ACGUAGGAGAAGACCUAUGUUACCUUGUAAUGGAGUUAGCUGAUUAUGAUUUAAGAAGAUAUUUAUCUGAUAAAAAGGACGAACUUCAAUGGGAGAAAAAAAUUGAAAUAGCUAUUCAAUUAGCAGAGGGGGUUUCUUACAUUCAUAAUAUAAUGAAUGUAGCACACCGUGAUUUGCAUACAAAAAACAUUUUAGUUAAACAGGGAGACAUAAAAAUAACCGAUUUUGGAUUAUCCAAGAAUCUUAAUGGUGUCAUUUCAAGUAAAAGCGCCAUUUUCGGAGUCUUGCCUUUUAUCGAUCCUCUAAAAUUUUCAGACUCUUCUUAUAAGUUGAACAGAAAAUCAGAUAUUUACAGUCUUG